AUGGGUCAUUGCGUCACCCUCAUUGCCAUUCUUUCUUUCUUGACACUCGCAUGUUUCCCUCAUUUGUCGCAUGCAGCAGCAGUUCCCAAUGUUCCCGUCGACAAUCUCGUCGUGUUUGGUGAUUCCUACUCUGAUCUAGGCAACUUCCAUCGAUGGACAAAUGGCCCAGUAUGGAGCGAGAAUGUAGCCGUUGCAUGGAAUGCAUCAUUGUAUAGCUUUGCUUACACUGGCUCUGCAUGUGACAAUGAACUCUAUCCCCAUGUACCAGCAACCGACCGCAUGCCUAGUAUCCGUGAUCAAAUCGAGUUAUACUACAACCUUGACCUUGGCCUCGAUGCGAACAAGACCGUCUUUGCCAUAUGGGUCGGCAUCACUGAUAUUCAAAAGGCGUAUCAACAAAGUCUUGGUACAGAAGAUACACAACCAGACUUUGGCAACAUUGCAAAAUGCAUUGGACAACAAGUGCGUAAUAUCCGCAAAGCAUUCAAGGCUGAUCGUAUCAUGGUGUUCAAUGUGCCUCCUUUGGAAUACAUGCCAUUCUUUGUUGAUGAUGAUAAUGCAUUGGAUCGAGCAAAGUGGGGCGCUGCUGCUGAGCAAUUGAAUCGAAUGCUGCGAAAGGACAUUGCCAUUCUCAAUCGCAAUCACCAUGCAUUGAAACUGGAUUUGGUGGAUAUUCACAGCUUGCUUUCCGAUAUUGUCGAGGAUCCAUCGAUGUUUAGCUUUACAGAUGCAUCACAUGCCUACUUGGAUGCUUGUCAAAAUCAAUGUGACAACAAGAUUGAUGAUUAUCUAUGGUGGGAUCGUACACACAUGACAGGAGGUGCCCAUCGUGCCAUUGCCAACUCCAUCUUGCUUUCAGGCUCCUACGCCAACCCCACGAGCAUUGAUGCUUGGUCUCUUUCUCAAGUUCAGGCCCUCAUUGAACGACCAGGAUCCAAAUAUCGAUCACCCAUUUACGUGUCACCCCCUAACUCUGGUUUGAUUGAUCGCAUUGUUCAAGAAAAGACCGCUUCUUCUUCUUCUCAAGGCUCAUUCAUGUCCACCCUCGACAAUAACACCGGUCAUUCAAUGUGGAGUUGUGUUACUAUUGGUGGCAUCUUGGCUGUAUUAUUCGGUGCCAUCUUCAAGUUGUUAAAGAAACUACGACAUCAAAGCAACAAGCACCGUUUCCAUGGUGGUCUUCUUGAUCCCAACUCGGUAGACGCGCCUUAUUACUACCGAUCGCCCAUGACUGAACCAAAGUAA